CUGCCAUCCGUUGUCUGGAGAAUGCAGCUGCAAAGCUGGCUGGGCCGGGCUGUACUGCAAUGAAACCUGUCCCGCCGGGUACUACGGCGAAGGCUGCCAGCUCCCCUGCCCCUGCCACAACGGCGCAGAUUGCGACAGCAUCACGGGGAAGUGCGUGUGUGCACCAGGAUAUAUGGGAGACGACUGCACCAUUACCUGCGUGGCAGGAACCUACGGAACCAACUGCUCGUCAGUUUGUAAUUGCAAAAAUGAUGGCGCGUGUUCCCCUGUGGAUGGCCUGUGCUAUUGCAAAGAAGGGUGGCAAGGAGUGGACUGCUCCAUUCCAUGCUCGAGUGGAAGCUGGGGUCUUAACUGUAACCAGACGUGUUACUGCGCAAACGGAGCAGCCUGCAGGCCGGCUGAUGGCUUUUGCCUUUGCUCACCAGGAUGGCAAGGGGAGUACUGCGACCAGCCGUGUCCUGAUGGAACAUAUGGUCUUAAUUGCAGUGAACGCUGUGACUGUAGCCAUGCAGAUGGGUGCGAUCCUGUCACCGGGUACUGCUGCUGUCUUGCGGGCUGGACAGGCAUCCACUGCGACAAUAUCUGCACCCAAGGCCGCUGGGGACCAAACUGCUCCAUCUCCUGCAACUGCGAGAACGGGGGCUCCUGCUCCCCAGAAGACGGCACCUGUGACUGCGCACCAGGAUACAGAGGACCCUUGUGCCAGAGAAUUUGCCCCCCUGGCUUUUACGGCCACCACUGCAGUCAGCCGUGCCCUCAGUGCGUGCACAGCAGCGGGCCCUGUCACCACGUGUCAGGACACUGCGACUGCCUGCCUGGAUUCUUUGGCGCUCUCUGCAACCAAG